ACCUCUCAAAAAAAUGUUCAAGACAAGAUUAAAUACGCUAUUAUCGAAAUUACCACACAGUCGAAAAUGGACAUUCUAUGACCUUCAAUAUGUAUUGAUUGCGACGAUUAUGAUCGCAUCGUUCUUCUUAAUUGAAAGUCCAUCGCUCCUCCCACGCAUCUUAUUAUCCAGCUUAUUUAUCGCUUCAUUCUGGAUUCCUUACAUUAGACGUUUUACAGUACCUGCUUUACCCAUUUUUACAUGGCUCAUCACAUUUUAUGCCUGCCAAUUCAUCCCUAUCAAUUAUCGACCUACCCACAUCUUUGUCAACCUCCUACCUACCCUCGAGCGUAUCCUUUACGGUGCUAACCUAUCCGAAAUCAUCUCCAAACAUACCCAUCCUGUCUUGGAUAUACUGACUUGGUUUCCUUACGGUAUUCUUCACUUUACUUUCCCCUUUGUCUUUUCCACUCUCAUGUUUAUCUAUGGUCCUCCCGGUUCUCUCCCCGUCUUUGCAAAGGCCUUUGGUUACAUGAACCUUGCCGGGGUUCUCACCCAAUUGUUUUUCCCUAAUGCAUCUCCAUGGUAUGAGAUUAUCUAUGGUUCAGCUCCUGCCGAUUAUUCUAUUCCUGGUGAUGCCGGUGGAUUACUGCGUAUUGAUAAAAUCUUGGGUUUAGACUUGUAUGGUAACACAUUUGGGUCUUCACCACUUGUGUUUGGUGCCUUUCCUUCUCUCCAUUCUGGAUGUGCCACCAUUGAAAUGUUAUUCUUUGCGUACUUAUUCCCCCGUAUGAAACCCUUUUGUGUAUUGUAUGUCUUGUGGAUGUGGUUUGCCACCAUGUAUUUGACUCAUCAUUACAUGAUUGAUUUGGUGGGCGGUUCGAUCUAUGCCAUCUUGGCUUACGCCGUCGCACAAAACUUUUUACCUAAAUUAAACCCAGAUACUCGCACACGUCUUGGAUAUCUUGGCAUCACCAAAGGUGGAUUUCGAUCAUACAUGUAUAGUAUUGAGCACGAUACAGAGGAAUAUCAUCGUGUAUUCGAUGAGGAGGCUGUCAUGAAGGAAAUCAAUGUACAUCGUCAUAAGCCUGAACCUUUACGAUUGGAAAUGACAAAUGGUGAAAUGAUGGAGUCACCUGCUUUAUCACCUACUUGUUCAUCUGCUCCUUCAUCCGGUUACUGGUCACCUACUUCAGAACCUCAAUCGCCUAUCACACCUCAUUCUCCAUCACUCCACCAUUUUGGUUUCAGUAAUAACAACAAAACUUCCUAAACAAAACAUCAUCACAUGGUGCAUAGAUGAAAAAAAAAAACGAUCUAAUUUGUAUCACCUUUUAUCGCUUCUUUAUUUGUACAUCCAUUCCUAAUCUCCCUUUUGCAACACACACACUCACUUUUUCAGCAUUUCUUUUUCUUACUACCACUACAACUACUACUACUACUACUCUAAUAUUACUGCUAUUACUACUAUUACAACUAAUACUACUACUACCCUUUUUUAAUACCUUUACACACUCCAAAAAAAAUCUUGUAAUACUGUU